AUGACUGCUGUCGCACAACUACGGUAGACUACAGGCUGUACUUUCCGACUUGCACUGUUUGAGUUAGGCAGGCAGCGGAGGGUCUACCUGAGGAUUCUCAAAAAUAGCCUUCAAAGGCGAUUAGGUAUGACGGAUACUGACGGGGGGGCUCCGCGGGACUGUACGUAAAGAUGAGGAUUCCUCCGGUGUGGGCGCUGGGCGCUUGCCAGACUGGGUGAAGUGAGAACUGAGAGGGAAACCCGCUGAGAAAAACAACACCACCUGGGAGUGCUGAGGAGGACCUCUGUGCAGGUUCACACGGCCGUCGGCAGGGUGGAGCUGCCUGACCCAUGGAGAAUUACUUCCAGGCCGAGGCAUUCAACCUGGACAAGGUGCUCGAUGAGUUCGAGCAGAACGAAGAUGAGACUGACAAUCCCAUUCUCUCGGAUGCCAAGUGGACCCAGAUCCUGGCCCCGCCAGCGCACCUGCUCUCUCUGAACCCCGCCCUGGCCCACGCAGACCUCAGCCCCCGGGAGAGUCCGCUGCCCUUUAAAAUCCUCCCCAACUCGUCUCUCAGCUCCUCCCCGGGGGGAGACCCUAAAAGGCAUCCCGGUCCCGAAUCUCCUUCCUGGGUAGAGGAGAGGCCGGCAGACGUCCACAGCCCUCCGCUCCCCCAGCCCAACAUCGGCAAACUGGUGGGCACAGACGACCUCUCGCCGCCCCCCGUGACGGCCUGUACUGCAGUGGAGAAUGGCUGCCCUGCCAGCCCUGCAAGCCCACAGCUGGGUGGGCUCAGCAAGAAGAUAAAGUCUUCUUCAGAAAACCAGCCUGGUGCUUCUGACCAGGACGCUAAACCUCAUCAGGAGGAGAGAGCCGGCUCAGCAGGAGGAGGCUCCGCUGUCAGUCACACUCACUUUAUCUUUGAGGUUGGAUUAGAACAUGAAGAGGAAACGCCGUCUCUGAAAAUUCCUAGAAAUGUGGGAACAACAACACAAAAUGGGGAAGAUGUCAAAGAGGAGACCGGUACAGCUGUUUUACAGGACAAUGGUCAAGAAAAACAAACUCCAAACUUAAAAGAGGAGCCGUUACAAAGUCUCCUGAAAAGGGGGAGAGACGUUCAGGUUGGCUGUGAGCUGGAGGAGAAUGGUGUAUCUCCUCCUGACAGGUUCGGAGUGGAGGAGAAGGAGAGGAGAUGUGGUCCAGAGGGACAGAUAGACCAACUCCUCAGAAUAACAAGCCUUCCCAAUGGUUUUGAGCAGGAGAGCUGGAACCAUUCCAAACCAGAGGAGACAGAGGAGGGCUUUUCUCCCUCUCCUGUCCCCUCUAAAGAGGACUCUGUCACUGAGGAGAAAGAAAUGGAGGAAAGCAAGCAAGAGAGCAGCGACGGAGGCGCAGUGGGGCCAGGUAGCAUCCAACCAAAGCUCAACAAUAAUCGGCUGCAGCCGGUCAGUGUUCCCUACGGAGGAGCACGACCAAAGCAGCCGGUUUGCCUCAAGCUCCAAAUCCCACAGCCGCUGUCGGGCCAGGUCCAAAAUCAGCUCGGCCCGGCCGCCAUCAGCAGGAACAAAAACCAGGAGAACCAGUGUCGGAGAGGCACGCCCUCUGAAACCACGCCAACUGGGACUGAUCAGAGUACAGUCGGGGUGAACGGAGAUGGUGUUGUCCACUCUCCUCCCCUGAUGCCCUCAGAGAGCCCGGACAAUGACCUCCAGGCCGGCCAACAGGGCACUCUGUGCAGGAAACCUGCCAGCUCCCUGGGUGAGGUCGCCCCUGUGUGGGUGCCUGACUCCCAGGCUCCUGUCUGUAUGAAAUGUGAUGUCAAGUUCACCUUCACCAAGAGGAGGCACCACUGCAGGGCCUGCGGCAAGGUGUUCUGUGCGACGUGCUGCAGCCUGAAGUGCAGGCUCGUGUACAUGGACAGGAAGGAGGCUCGCGUCUGUGUCACCUGUCAUUCUGCGCUGACGACUGCUCAUUCAUGGGAGACGCCGGUCACUGGAAGCAACCAUAGUCCGAACCCAAACAACCCAGCAGAGUACUGCUCCACCAUCCCCCCUCUGCAGCAGGCCCAGGCCUCGGGGGUGCUGAGCUCCCCUCCUCCUACCGUCAUGGUGCCCGUAGGAGUCCUGAAACAGGCUGGCAACGACGGGUCCCUGACACGCGAGCAGAGAAGGGUGUGGUUUGCUGAUGGAGUGCUACCUAACGGAGACACGGCAGAGUCCCCCAAACCGCCGGCCUCAAGUCCAGCCCCCUCGCACUCACUGGCCAUAUCCACGUAUUCAAACAAAUCCUCCACUUCUGAAUCCUCAGAGGCAGCCCAUACCCCUGUUGCCUCGGUGGGCAGCCCCAUAGGAAGCUCCCUCAGUCUGAUCCCGGAGGACGGGCUUCCUCCCAUCCUCAUCUCCACUGGAGUCAAAGGAGGUACGGGAGGCCACAUCACAGACUAUGCAGUGGAGGAGAGGCCGUCUGAGAUCGUCCUCAUGCAGCAGCUGGAGGAGGGAGGUCCAGACCCCCUGGUCUUCGUGCUCAACGCUAACCUGCUCGCCAUGGUCAAGCUAGUCAACUAUGUAAACAGGAAGUGUUGGUACGUGACGACGAAGGGCAUGCACGCCGUCGGUCAGGCAGAGGUGGUCAUUCUGCUCCAGUGUCUACCUGACGAGAAGACCAUCCCUAAAGACAUAUUCACUCACUUUGUGCAGCUCUACCAGGAGGCCCUCAGUGGCAACGUGCUGAGCCACCUGAGUCACUCAUUCUUCACGCAGAGCUUCCUGGGCAGUAAGGAGCACGGCGGCUUCCUCUACAUCAGCCCCUCAUUCCAGUCUCUGCAGGACCUGCUGCUGCCCAACCCGCCUUACCUCUUCGGCAUCCUGAUACAGAAGUGGGAAACGCCCUGGGCCAAGGUCUUCCCCAUCCGCCUCAUGCUGCGGCUGGGCGCAGAGUACAGAUUUUAUCCGUGUCCGCUGUUCAGUGUUCGCUUCAGAAAACCGCUCUUCGGAGAGACCGGUCACACCAUCAUGAAUCUGCUCGCAGACUUCCGCAACUACCAGUACACGUUACCGGUGGUGAAAGGGCUGGUUGUGGACAUGGAGGUGAGGAAGACGAGCAUUAAGAUCCCCAGUAAUCGUUACAAUGAGCUGAUGAAGGCCAUGAACAAGUCCAACGAACACGUGCUGUCCAUGGAGGCGUGUUUCAACGACCGGGCCGACUCCCACCUCGUGUGUGUCCAGAAUGAUGACGGGAACUACCAGACGCAGGCCAUCAGCAUCCAUCACCAGCCUCGCAAAGUUACUGGAGCCUGCUUCUUUGUGUUCAGCGGCGCUUUGAAAGCCUCGUCGGGCUUCUUAGCCAAAACCAGCAUCGUGGAAGACGGUGUAAUGAUCCAGAUCACAGCUGAGACGAUGGACUCUCUACGGCAAGCCCUGAGGGACAUGAAGGACUUCACCAUCACAUGCGGGAAAGCCGACCAGGAGGAGAACCAGGAGCUCGUCCACAUCCAGUGGACGGAGGACGACCACAACUUCAACAAGGGUGUCAUCAGUCCGAUCGAUGGGAAGUCCAUGGAGUCGAUCACCAGCGUCAAGAUCUUUCACGGCUCGGAGUUCAAAGCCAACGGCAAAGUCAUCCGCUGGACAGAGGUGUUUUUCCUGCAGAGUGAAGAUCAACCCAACGGUCUGAGCGACCCGGCCGACCACAGCCGGCUGACAGAGAACGUAGCGAGAGCUUUCUGCAUGGCGCUUUGUCCGCACCUGAAGCUUCUGAAGGAGGACGGGAUGGCCAAACUGGGCCUGAGGGUCACUCUGGACUCGGACCAGGUGGGUUACCUGGCAGGAAGUAACGGCCAGCCUCUCCUGCCUCAGUACCUGAGCGACCUCGACAGCGCUCUGAUCCCCGUCAUCCACAGCGGGGCGUGUCAGCUGAGCGAGGGCCCGGUGGUCAUGGAGCUCGUCUUCUACAUCCUGGAGAUCAUCUCCUAGGACUCUUCAGAGCUCCGAACAUCUUUUCCUUUCUGACGUCAUCUCACCUCCCGGCCCGGUCCUCCAUCGCCUCCCUUCAGCCGUUUGCACUUCAAAAGAGCCCGAAAACUGUGGCGUGCCAGGCGAGGUAGCAUUCCUCAAGUCAAACCUAUGCAUCCAACCGUCAUGUGUGUUCUGCUCCAGAGGCCGCCCGGGGCCUGAGGAAGCUCCGAGCAGGAUCAUCUGUCAUGAGAACCUCACCUGACGGGUACAGCUGAUCCUUGCUGAUCAAGUGAGGCGCUCCGAGCAGGAAAUGAACACCAGAGGUCAUCCUGUGACCCCAGCGUGACCCCAGCGUGACCCCAGCGUGACCCCAGCGUGGUGUCAGUGCCUAUAAAAAGUAUUGACCCUCCUGGAAAGUUCGUAUCGUUUAUUUCAUGAUGUGGCUUUUUUAUACAUCGAUUAACAGAAAACUACCAGCACUACUGAUCUCAACUAUCGUAUGAAUUCAUUCUUUAUUUAUACUUUACAUAUAAAAAAAUAAAAUAAAAUAAAAACUAGAAUUUGAAAAAUAUAAUAGUUAUGUAAAACACUUAAAAGUAGACUUUGAGGCUCCAGAUCCUCUGACAGUCGAGAGGAGAGACACUUUGAUUCAAAGUUUUAAAACGAUUUCCAGGGCGGGUGAAUACUUUUCAGAGGUUUUGUAUGUAGCUCACCGUCACUCCAGUGUCACUGUGGCAGCCGGGGGGGGGCUCCUGAACAUCUGACCUCCGGCCUCUGUGUAGCACGGAUGCUUUUAAACAAGGGAGACUCGAAUCCACCGCUGAAAAAGUCCAGACUAUUCCUUUAGAAGUUACCUUUUAAAAACAACAAAAAGGGAAAUCUACAAAUUAUCAGACGAGGAGUGUGUGUGUGUGUGUGUGUGUGUGUGUGUGUGUGUGUGUGUGUGUGUGU